GAGAGCUCCCCCCUCCUUCUCUCUCUCCCAUUCCAGCAUCCUCACCGACGCCAGCAGACCAAAUGGGAAAAGCGAGAAAAACGCGAAAGACCAAAGAGCACCAACAGCGAAAUCUAAAAGUAGGCGUAGUAGGGUUCCUCGCAUUGCUUUUUGCGUCCCUGUAAAUCCCCUCCCCUCUCCCUCUCUCUCUCUCUCUUUCUGGUACACACCACAGCACCUACAAUCUAAUAUAUUAAACAAAAGAUUUUGUCUUCUUCUCUCUCUUCUCUCUCUCUUGUUCCCACUACUUCACACCCCGGUCUUUGCUCCACUGGCCAUCGUCGUCCAUCCAGGCCGUGGGAAGCUUAUCUCCUUCGCUCCGCUAGAGAUUCUUCCCCCUACCCGAUUGCCCUGCCUCCCCUCUGACCCUCCUCCCGCGCGCUUGCCAUAACCCCACGAGUCGUUCCCCCUCUCCUCUUCGCUGUCCGGGUCGCACGAAUUUUCCCUCGUCUGUCUCCUUCGAGAAGUGGAUCCCGAAAUCCAUUCGGCCGCCCGCCCGUGUGGUUCGAUCGGAGGGUGCGCUUCUGUUGCAUUGCGCGCGUGGUAUUUCUUCCCUCCUUCGGGUUCGGGAGUCUGGCGGGGCUGGUUCUUUUUCGCCAUUAUUGGGUCUUUAUCGAGACCCAUAUCCGUGCUGUUGCUGAUGAAGAGCUAGAAGGAGGAGUCAUUAAUGCUCUUGAUGUUGGGAUUAUAUGGUAAUGCUGGAGGAAUCGAGGGGCUAUAAUCCCUUUUCUCAGGAAAUAUUAUUAAGGCGUUGAGUGUUUGUGGGAUUUUUGGCUUCUUUUACAAGGAUCCAAAAAAGAGAGGAAAGUGAUAUGAGCAACGGUUGAAACCUUCAAAGCCGCUUUACAUUGAGUACCGCCCAUAUGGAAUAUCUUUUCCUUACUCAGCAUCUAUUUUUUUUCUCUUCCCAGUUCGGAGAGUUGUCAGUCGUGCAUUUCUGGAAUUCUGUAUGUGGUUCAGUAAUGUCAUGGAAUUUCGGUGAUGGUAAAUGUGCUUGAAGAACCCCUUGAAGCUUUCCGGCUUUUCCAAUUAGGGAUCUUGAAGAACCCCUUGAGUUCUGAGCUAUUCAGCAGUAUUGGGGAAGUUGAUUGAGUUUUGUGGGUCUUUGCUUUUACUGGGUUCGUGAGGUGAAUAAAGAUCGAAAAAGUGCGCGGUGCUGAUCUUCGCACUCGCAGAAGGCAUCGAUGGGGCUUCUUCGAAGUCUCACGAUGCUUAUGCUUCAGUUAUGGUUGUUGCGACCAAUGAAACUUGGAGCCCAGAAUGUUUCUACUGGGAAUUUCAGUUCUGCUAGGGCUUUGGAUAUGAUUCUUCAGGACUAUGCUUACGAGGCGUUCGUCCGUCCGAGAACUGGGAUUCCUUAUGGUGGGAGAGUUCCGUUGAAUUUGACCGGUAUCAAUAUAACAGCGAUGAGGCUCAGAAGUGGGAGCUUGAGGACCAGAGGUGUUAAGAUGUACAGAGAGUUUGAGAUUCCAACUGGUGUUAUCGUGCGCCCGUAUGUGAAGAGGCUAGUUCUGGUGUACCAGAACCUUGGCAUUUUGUCUGAAGGGUACUAUCCUUUGCCUAGUCAUAAAUAUUUAGCUCCUGUUUUGGGUCUUCUUGCUUAUAAUGCAUCCAAUUUAUCAGCCACAAAUUUGCCCGAGUUGGAUAUCGGGGCUUCCGGCGACCCUAUAUUGGUCCACUUCAGCAGCAUCAGACCAGCUCCAGCAGGGUCUGUGCCAAGAUGUGUUCAGUUUGAUUUGCGUGGUUUGGUCAAUUUUAGUGAUGUAGAAUCAGGAAAUACGUGUUCAACGAAGCAACAGGGGCAUUUCUCGAUAGUGAUUGAGUCAAUUGCCCCUUCUCCAUCUCCGACCUUUCCUCCCCCACCUGGGGAAGGCCCAGGUCCGAGUCCUGGGCCGAGUGGAACUUCCAGAUCUUGGGUGGUAGUUGGUUCCGUGCUCGGUGGACUGGCAUUGUUGGUUUUGUUGGCAUUGCUGGUCUUUUGGGUGCAAAGGUUCAAGAAAAGGAAGAGAAUUCAGCGAAUGGAAAGAGCUGCAGAUGCAGGGGAAGCUCUAAGGGUGACACGGGUCGGUGAUACGACAGCGCCGGCAGCUAUGGUCACCAGGACUCAACCUGCCCUCGAGCAUGAGUAUGUGCCCUGACUUAUAAAUAUUCCACACAGGAUAGCCUCUCCAACUCCGUUACAACUUCUCAUUCAAAUUCAAUCCCCGUAUCCAGAUACUUUCUUUUUUCUGAUUGCAACUAUUUUUUCUUCUGGGUGCCUUUGGUUGGUUUUGUCCUUGGGUAGGUUCCUGGUUUUAGUGUGGGGGUUAAUAUUAGGAUAUUUGGUGUAAAUCCUUCUUCUUGCAGAAACUGUCCAUAGUCCUGUGAUUCAUUGUGCUAUGCUUGUCAUGCAAAUUUGUUCUAUCGUGUAUUCAAUGCACGUAUCCGGUCGAUGAUCGAAUAAAAUUAUCCCAUUCUUGUCAUUUG